UGUUUCCUUUUGAAGAUAGCCACGGAAAGAAGCUAGCAAAUGCUUUACCAGCGUGAGCAGUGUGGGCUCCUUCCUUAAAAGCAAGUUUUCUGGAGUGGAGACUUAGAGAGAGAGAGGAGCCCAAAGAAGAAAGGACGGGGCUAUGGUUUCCUGGCCCCGCUGCUUUGUCUCUGGCUGCUUCUGCCUCUGGAAGAUUAGCCACAGGACACAAAGAUGCCCCGCUGGUCACUGCACGCCCAAGUUCAGUUUAGUUGGUGCUUCUUUCCUUUUUAGCCCGAUCGCUUUCUCCGAGGGAGCAGGACGCGCAGCCCGGCAGCCUUUAGUGUCAGCUGAAGAGGGGGUUGCCUCCUAACUCAUCUCAAGAGCUUGGAGGAGGCGGAAAAGAGGGGGAAAGGGAAGAAGAACUUGGAAGUGUCAAAGGAAAAUUGGUGCCAGUGGAGGCAGCAGAAAGGACAAAGCAAAUUAAUUUGUUGCUUUUUGUGUGUGUGCCAGUUUUUGGAGAUCUUUCAAAAAACCAAAAAACCAAAAAGCCAAACACCCAUCCCCAAGCCCCAACCCCUUGGCUGGCUCUUAUGGGAAUGAAACACUCCUCCCGCUGCCUGCUCCUAAGGAGGAAAAUGGCGGAGAAUGCUACUGAGAACACCGAGGUCUGUAGUGGCCCUUCACAGCCUCCUCAGCCUAUUGUCAUUCCGAAGCCUGUUCAAUCAGUCAUUCAUGUACCUUUGCAACCGAGCUGCCCAGGCCGAGGCAAGAUGGCAAAACUCCUGAAUCCAGAAGAAAUGACAUCCAGGGAUUACUAUUUUGAUUCCUAUGCUCACUUUGGAAUCCACGAGGAAAUGUUAAAGGAUGAGGUGCGCACAUUAACAUAUAGAAACUCCAUGUAUCACAAUAAACAUGUUUUUAAGGAUAAGAUUGUAUUGGAUGUUGGAAGUGGCACAGGAAUCCUCUCAAUGUUUGCUGCCAAGGCAGGAGCCAAGAAGGUGUACGGGAUUGAAUGCUCCAGUAUAUCUGACUACUCAGAAAAAAUUAUCAAGGCGAACCACUUGGACAACAUCAUCACAAUAUUUAAAGGUAAAGUGGAAGAAGUUGAACUGCCUGAGGAUAAAGUAGACAUCAUCAUCAGUGAAUGGAUGGGUUACUGUCUUUUCUAUGAGUCAAUGCUAAACACAGUCAUCUUUGCACGAGACAAGUGGCUGAAACCUGGAGGGCUUAUGUUUCCAGACCGGGCCGCUUUGUACGUGGUAGCAAUUGAAGACAGACAGUACAAGGACUUCAAAAUUCACUGGUGGGAGAAUGUGUAUGGCUUCGACAUGACCUGUAUUAGAGAUGUUGCCAUGAAGGAGCCCCUGGUCGACAUAGUAGAUCCAAAGCAAGUGGUGACCAAUGCGUGUUUAAUUAAGGAAGUGGAUAUUUAUACAGUGAAGACUGAAGAACUGGCAUUUACAUCUGCGUUCUGCCUCCAAAUUCAGCGCAACGAUUACAUUCAUGCCUUGGUCACCUAUUUUAAUAUCGAAUUUACAAAGUGCCACAAGAAAAUGGGAUUUUCAACAGCCCCUGAUGCUCCAUAUACCCACUGGAAGCAAACUGUCUUCUACUUAGAGGACUACCUAACUGUGAGAAGAGGUGAAGAAAUCUAUGGAAGUAUAUCAAUGAAACCAAAUGCAAAAAAUGUGCGUGACCUGGAUUUCACAGUAGACUUGGAUUUUAAAGGACAGCUGUGUGAAACAUCUGUAUCUAAUGACUACAAAAUGCGCUAGCAAAAGUACCUCUUGAGAGACAGAGAGAAGAAUUGCAUCAAAUCUAGAUCCACUGCACUUCAAGCUAGAAACAAUUGUUUGCAGGUCUAUUACAUUAGACCCUAGAAAGUGUACUCUGGUGGAAAGUUGGUAACCUGAUCCUUCCUGUUGGUGCCACAUGGAGAUGGGAUCCUGCUAUGAAUGUACAGUAUACAGAUCCAUAACUUUUGUCAAUUAUAUAGGCAAAAUAAGCAAACAGUCUUCAAUACUCUGGUUAAUUUUAGGAUGGCAGAAGAUGCAUAAUCAAAUUGUACUAUUUACUGUGAAUUUCUGGUUCUUCCAAGCUUUGCAUGCUACAGGCAAUUAGGACGAUUACUUUAAAACAGAAGACCACUGAGACACAUCGUCAUGAUAGCAUUACUGAGAUCAUAGUCAGUAUAAAAUAUAUUAUAAAUCUAAAACUAUGUUGUACAUCAGAAGGAUUCUAUUGCUUCAUAAUAGGAAUUUGUUUUGUGAUUAGUUUUUUCUUCCCAUUAAGCAACAAUAGAAAGUUAGCUGUACUGGCUCUGAUGUUAAUCUAGCUAGGCAGAUGCUCCAGCUGUCAUUCAUUGCCCUCCACUGUAGCUUUGGGGAAUAUUACAUAUUGAUAGUGUGAGCUAGAAGGUAACAGAAAAUCAGCAGCUAUAUUUUAGAGUAUCAGUUAGAAAACUGACAUCUCUAACUUUCAGUAUUGAUUUCUAUCCCAUUCACAGAUUGACAUCUGUCAGUUAUUUAGAAAACAAAUUUAACUUUUCAUCAUUUGGGAACAUUUUGUGAUGAAUUGUUAUUGCUGGAUUUUGCAUGAGACCCUCUUAAAUUUGGCAUACAGUAUUUGAAUGUGAUGAGUGCAAAACUUUUAAAAUGGUAGAUUAGUUAUGCUUUGUUGGCCACGUCACAUCUCAGUUUACCUCUCAGCAACCAUCUUACUAAAAAAUCAUUUUAGUUCUGAAUAAACAGGGGGUUGGUGUUUACUUUUUUGGUGGUGUUGGACAGGACACUUUAAAGUGCAGAUAUUAGUCUCAAAAGUGCAGUGAUUCCCUUUGCUGAAAUGGGAUAAUGUUUAUUUUAAAAAAAUCUGUGGCUUCUGUAUUAUGAAGAUGUCUGUAGCUUUUUUCCCCUUCCACUUAUUAUUUUACUUUAAAUAUAUUCAGCUUAUAGUUAAAAUAUUAACUGUUUAUAUUCCUUGAGAUGUAUGUAUCUUUUUUAUUAUAUAUAAAUAUUGGGCAUUUACUCACAUGUAAUUUAUUAAAUUGUUGCCUCAUCGUCUUCAUCUGUAUGUCUUCCAGCCACCAAAGGUAUUAGGCACAAAAAAAGGUGUUCUUGUCAUGUACUGGAUAAAAUUGACUAGCUUUCUGUCUGAGAAUUUCUUUAUCAGCUGCAAAUGAAACAGGCUAGAAGUUGUGAAAAGCCAACAGUGCUGAAGGUGUAAACUUGUCCGUAAGCUUUUCUUAGGUUCCUGUUUUGUCAGUGUAACGACUGUCUGCUUUUAACCUUUUAGACAUGUUUCUAUUGUUUUUCACUUCAUCUGAGAAAUG